AUGCCUAGCCCUUCCUCCCCAUUAUCACCAGUCUCUUCAGGCAAGAAGAGACCACAUCCCUCCGACACUCCAACGCAGACCGACCCCGCGACCAAUCCCGCGACCAACUCCGCCCCGGCGGGUGUGUCCUCCACCUCACCCGCCCAUUCAACAGUCACCCCCUCGUCCGCUUCCUCCUCAUUUCGAAAUGUCUCCGCAUGUAAUCGCUGUCGACUGCGCAAGAACCGCUGCGACCAGCGCCUCCCGCGCUGCCAGUCCUGCGAGAAGGCCGGCGUGCGCUGCGUCGGAUACGACCCCAUAACAAAGCGGGAGAUUCCGCGUAGCUACGUGUAUUUCCUGGAGUCGCGCGUGGCGCAUCUUGAAAAACAAUUAGCAGACAACAACAUUGAAUUUAAAAAGGCCGUCCCUUUCGACGAAGAGGAGGCUAUCAAGGUCGAGGCUGAUGGCGACACCGCGCCAACUCGGUCCGGUUCCGACGGUCAGACCGGGGAGGGGUCAGCGGCGGAGAAAAGGCAGUGGAAGAAUAAAGAAAAUGCACGACUGGAGCGGAAAGGAGAGGGGGAUAAUCGCGAUGCGGACGAUGACCCCGCUAACGAGGAAAAUUGGCGCCUGCAUAAUCUGGUUUCAAAUAUCGGCAUGGUCUCUGUACAAGGCACUUCCGACCCGCGAUAUCUAGGGUCGACAUCGGGGAUUUCGUUCGCCCGUGUUGUCUUCGCUGCGGUGAGGAGCUCACUUCCCGGUAAUAUGCCGGAGCGGGCACAGGUUCGAGCGAGCGAUCGAUUGCCUCAGAGUGCUGCUGGCACUGCUGGGGGAGGGAGUAGUAUGCGCGAUUCCUUCUUUGGACUGCAGACGAGGCCGAUGAUGAAAUGCGCGACUUUCCCGGACCGGGAGCUGGCUGAACGGCUGGUCGAUCUUUACUUUGAACAUGCGAAUCCUCAGAUGCCGAUUCUCCACCGGGAAGAUUUCAUGGAGCUGUUGGAUAAGACAUAUUUGUUAGAAGAGAAGAAGCGUUCUGCGCGCGCGCUUUAUGUGCUUAAUAUCGUGUUUGCUAUUGGCGCUGGUAUCAUCUUUGAUGAUAAGCCUCAGAAGUCUGAUGAUGAGAAUCGAAGUAACCGUGACCAGCCCUCGUCUGGGACGAAGAGACAGAGACUAUCGAGCCAUCAGUACCAGCCAGAGGAAUACCAUGCCUCGGCAAUCGUUCAUUUGGAAUCGUUCCUUGGCUCGUCCUCGAGUGAGGGCUUUGGUGGAUUGGAAGAGCUGCAGGCAGUGCUCCUUCUAGCUAGCUUUGCCCUAUUACGACCCGUUGCUCCUGGUCUCUGGUAUAUCGUCGGUGUGGCCACUCGCUUAGCUGUCGACCUUGGGCUCCAUUACGAGGAUGGAGCAGGCAUUGAUUCUGCAACAAAAGAUGGCAACCAAGCACAGUCACGGAUCGAUGCUCGUGAACGCGGACGACGCGAAUGGGUACGUGAUAUUCGCCGGCGGUUGUGGUGGUGCGUCUAUAGCUUUGAUCGUCUGGUAGCCACGUGUGUGGGACGGCCAUUCGGCAUAAGCGAUCAGGCCAUCAGCACAGAAUUCCCGUCUAUUAUGGACGAUAAAUACAUCACCAAGUCCGGUCUUGUGACACCACCGGACGGGGCCCCGACAUAUAAGCAUGUCGCAUUCCAUUAUUUCAAACUGCGACUUCUCCAAUCUGAGAUUCAUGAUGUCCUCCAGUACCAACAGGCGCGUGCUGUGCGGAGGAGAGGCCCUGGUGCUGUUAUUCUUCCUCACUCGGAGCUCUCCUCCCCUUUCCUGCAGGGCUUUGACUCGUUCCGCUCGUGGCGCCAUGAUGUGCAUCGCCGAUUAGUCGAGUGGCAAGAUACUGCACCGACACGGCCGGAAACAGGCGUGAGAUUCUCCAUCGAGUUGCUUGAGCUGAAUUACUGGCAAGCUAUCAUUUUACUGUACCAGCAGAGCUUGACAGUUCCUGCUGAGUUGGCAGGAGAGCUCACUCCUGCGGAUGACGUUUCUAGUCCGUCCUUUUCUAACCCCGAUGAGGGCGACGAGGAAGAUCAUGUCUAUCUUAAUGUUGCCGAGGCUGGUCAGAAGGUCAUUCGCAUCUAUCGCCAAUUACAUAGAGUGCGGUUGGUGAAUUAUACCUACCUUGCUACGCAUCACAUUUUCAUGGCUGGAAUUUCCUUCUUAUAUGCCAUUUGGCAUUCGCCUUUGGUUCGAAGCCGCCUAACCCUCGACGAAGUCGACUUCACCGUUCUCGCCGCAACUUCUGUUCUGGGCGACCUGAUGCACAAAUGCCCACCGGCUGAAGCAUGCCGGGACGCGUUCGAGCGCAUGAGCAAAGCAACUGUCCAAAUGUGUCUAUCGACGACCGGAUUCGGAUCACAAGUAGACAUCAGUCGUGUCCACACCACAUCGACCGCCGGCUCACUCUAUCACGGCCGGCCGCGGCAGCCCAUGGACCAGCGACCCCGCGCAGGCCAAGGGCAAACCCGACGAGCGACGCAGACACGCCCAUCUCGUCCCGUCCCCAAGUUCGACAUGAACUUGGCUGAUCUCUUCAACGAUAAUACCCCCUUAUCCGACCAUCCUCGACCCGAAAGCAGACCCGGAGGGACAUACCCUCAGUCAGAAUCGAUGGCCCCCAACUUCACAGCAGACCAGUCCCGGGCUUAUAAUCCAUCGAUUGAUUACUAUCUCAAGUACGAGAACACAAACUCCCCACAACCACAGCAGCAGUUUUACUACGCGAACUCGCCCCAGCAUAGUGGCUCUCCCGGUAGUAACACUCACACUCAUGGUUUACCGUCUGCCGACUCGGAAGCUCCACAGGGGAUGAGCCUUGAUUUCUUGGAUUUUGGGUCUGGUGAUGCCGACGGCCACGGUAAUGUGGAAGGCGAAGCCAAUCCUGAUUAUAAUACGAUGGGUAUGCCUUUGGGUUCCAACCUGGGUCAGAAUGUCGGAAUCGAUCUUGGUUUUGGUAUGGCGAUGGACUUCCAGCAUGACUGGAGUGAGAAUCCCAAUUACGAUCUUCUGGAAGGCUAUUUCUUUGGUGGUUCUGGGGCUGGCGCAUCUGGAGGAGAUGUCUAG